CCCGACGGGGUGCGCCCCAUAUGCACAUCUCCCAUAUUUGUUACUGGUUUGUUUCCAAUUGGAACAUCUCCCGUACUUGUCACUGAGAUGUUUCCAUUACACGGUUGGGAUGUAACGUAGGGCUGUUUUUGGGGCGCGCUAUGCGAAUUCAUGUUCUCCGUUCUUCGUCUUCGUUGCUAAAUCCAAAUAGCCAAACAUAUACGAAAAUUUACAAGCUUUGCCAUCGUACCAGAAUCUCAGAUAUUCUCUCGGGAUUUUCAAAUCUGGUCUUGUAAGGCAAGAUUAAGGUUGAAGAAUGUCUGCUUCGACUGUUGCGAUUGCUGCAAAUCCAGCGGUCAGCAACAGCCCUUCUCUGGCUUUGGCUUCUAAGCCAAAUGCAAGGAGGAGAGCAGUUGUUGUCACCGAGAAGAAAUCCGGCAUUGAAAUGGUCGCAGAAGGGGCAGUUUCUGAAACGGGUGAUGAGAAGGGUGGGAAUGGAAAGGAUUUGAGUCAUUCCAUUAGGGGAGAGACGGUUCUUGAGAAGCCGAAGGAUCUGUUGCAGUCGAAGAGGAAUUUGGUGAAUUCAACGGUUUCACCAAGGCGUACUAGGAAGGUUGUUUUGAAACCUGAGAAGCCCAGAUGGAUGACUGUAGUUAGUAUUUUCACGAAGAAUUUCGUGCUUCUGCUUGUUCUAUUGGGGUUGGUUCAGAUGAUUAGGAAAUUGGCUCUUAAAAAUGAAAAUAGUGGUAUACCUCAGGCGGGAGCAUUGGAUUUUGAAGGGCGGGUAGCAGAAGUUGAAGAAUUUGUGAAGACAACGACAAAUAUGAUGCAGGUUCAGGUGGAUGUGUUGGAUAAGAAGAUACAUAAGGUUGAAGAGAAGGGCAAUUUGCUUGAAGGGGAGGUGAAGAAAUUGGAGGAUAGAACUGAUAGAUUGGAUGCAUCUUUGCAAGAGUUGAGGGAUACUGAUUUCUUUCCCAAGGAGGAUUUCCAUAAAUUUGCUGAUGAGUUGAAGAAGAGUAAUAGCCUUAAGGAAAGUUAUAAGCAAUGGAGCUUGGAUGAGAUUAAGGCUAUUGCAAGGGAAAUAGUCAGGAAAGAGGUUGAAAAGCAUGCGGCGGAUGGACUUGCCAGAGUGGAUUAUGCAUUGGCUUCUGGUGGGGGAAUGGUGGUCAGGCAUUCGGAGCCUUACAUCCCUGGCAGUGGUAGAAGUUGGUUUUUGGCUACAGGACGAAAUAGGGUUCAUAGUGAUGCACAAAAAAUGUUGCAACCCAGUUUCGGAGAGCCUGGUCAUUGUUUUCCUUUGGCAGGAAGCAAGGGUUUUGUUGAGAUCAAGCUGAGGACAGUGAUUGUACCAGAGGCAGUUACUUUGGAGCAUGUUACUAAGAGUGUUGCCUAUGACAGAGCAAGUGCUCCAAGGGAUUGUCGGAUCUCCGGAUGGUUACAAAAACGUGAUAUUGAUCCAUCCAGCCAGGAAGAGAAGAUGUUUUUAUUGACAGAGUUUACUUAUGACCUUGAUAAGAGCAAUGCACAGACCUUCAAUGUGGACCCAACAAAUUCAGGUGCUAUCAACUUUGUUAGGCUCGACUUCACUUCCAACCAUGGAAGCCUCACUCACACUUGCAUCUAUCGCUUGAGGGUACAUGGUUAUGAACCUGAUACAAUUGCAGCCUUGGCAAUGCAAUCGUGAUUUAAAAAGCAUCAUCCCUUUUCUCUACCGUACUGCUGAUAUUCAAGUUAUUUUUGUAGUUUAUCUUUUGUUGUACUUCCUCUUUCUUCCGAUGUCCAUCAACUAUCUUCUUGUGACAAUGUAAAUUUUUCGGACUCUAUGUUUUAGUUCUUUCUCUGUACUGGUUGUUCUAAGAUACUAUCUUAACUGGGCAUAUCUGAGACCCGAAACUGAUUGAAAUAGAUUAUGAUGUGAACACAAAGUUAUUUUCC